CUCACUCCCUCUAGCCAAACCCGACGCAGCCGCAAGCUCUCACCCUCCCCGACGAUGCCUUAGGGUUUGCGAGAGGCUGAGGGACACUGCCCUCUAUCGCCUCCCCAUCUGUCAGUUUCUUCCUCGGCGGCGACAUGGGUUUAGAGAGGAGAUGGACGCUGACACCUUCCUUCGCCGACAGCUCCGCUUCUUCAUCCAUCGUCGCCUGCUCUUCCUACUACUCCUUCCGCGCCUCUUUCUCCGGCCACGGGCGAGCCACCAGGCGGAUGGGUGGGGAUCCCAGCACGGGCGCACUCACCCUCGUCUCCGGCAAUGCAAAUCGACAGCUUUGGGCCGCCUCUUCCCUCCGCUUGGCGUCACGCCAGGCCUCCCCGCUGACUGCCGUCAUGUCCUCAGCGCUCAUUAGUUCCUCUGGCGGCAUGGUUAACGGCACAACCUCCACCGUCUGUUCCAUCGUCGUCGUCGCCUAGACUAGACCCAUCGUCCCAUGCGCACCUAGUGCGCUGCCGUGCAAACCUCCAGCAUCUUUAAGGAUUGGUAUGUUUUUUUUAAUGGUAGUGAUUGUCUUCGUAGUGGUAGUGUUUUUGUCGUAUUGGUAUUGUUUUUUAUCGCAUUGAUAUUGAUUUUGUCGCAUUGGUAUUGAUUAAAUCUGCAAUGGUAUUAGUGUUUUGUGAAAUAGUGGUGUUUUUAUUUAGGGGUGGGCAACAGGACUAGACGGGAUACCCGACCCGUUUGAAACGGGUACUUAUUAUCGUUUGGAGACCAAAGUCUAUCCCAUAUCCCAAACCCGUAUGGGUAAACGGGUACCCAUUACCCGUAAGAGACGGAUAACGGGUACCCGUACCACCCAUAAAUACCCAAAGUUUGAAUCACUAGAAUUUUAACAAAAGUUUAAGCUUAAC